AUGGACCACCUAACGGAGAACCAUGUGGAUUGGUCGUGGGAUGUACCCCAUGUUGAUACAUUGGCGCAGGAGCUGGCGUUUAUACAGGGAGAAUGGCAAGGUAGUACCUGUGUCGUAGGCAAGUCGCCUGAGACCGAGACGGUAUCACGUGUGUCAUCCCCUUGUCCCAAUCCAGCGUGGGAAGCAUGGGACGAUGCCUGUGAAGCACUCAUAGGCACGGACAUGGACAUAGCGAUACAUAUCGAAGAUUUGCACUCACAUUCUAUGAAAGUGGGGGAGGAGCACGUCGAGGAGGAAGAGGAAAGAGACGAUCGUGACGACGGUGAGCUGGCGAGCCUGCUUAUGCAGGUCCAAGAUGGCCUGCACGAGCAGUUCGUUGUGCUGCGCGAGCUUCGUCGGCUCAUCACGCAACAGGAAAACCACAUAAAGCAGUACCGUAGCGAUCUGCAAGCGUACGAGGACGCUGCGACAUGUCCUGUACCCCGGCAUUCGAUCUCUUUCGACUGGCAUGGCGACGAUGAGACUGUGACCCAUUUGCUAGCUUCAACACCAUCAUGCCUAUAG